AUGGACGACAUAAAGGCAGAGGAUCGAAACCAACAUGUAGAGACCACCAACAGGCACAGUCCGCAGUACGACAGUGCUAGCGAUGUCACAGGCUUUGAAGCCGAUGAGACAACCCUCAAGCCUGGGUACUUCAGGUCGAGCUUCUUCCUAGGAUCGAUGACCGCCAUCUGUCUUGGACUAUUCGCUGGCGUCUCAGGCUUCGCGUAUGCCGCACCGAUCCUUACCCUCAUCAACAACGACAUCGGUCCUGAUCCGAACAUUGCAUGGGUGGCGCUUGUGUACACGCUGACAUCUGCCGUGUGUAUUACACUGGUCGGUCGCAUCUCAGACAUCUUUGGCCGUCGUUACAUGUUCAUUGGUGGCGCUCUUGUUGCGCUCGUCGGCAGCAUCGUCUGCUCUCGAGCAAUGUCUGUUCCAGAGCUCAUUGGAGGCAUGACCUUGAUUGGCAUUGGCGCCUCGACGCAGUUGAGCUACUACUUCGUCAUGGGCGAACUCGUACCAAUGCGCUACCGUCUGGCUGGAAAUGCUGCAGUUUACGUAUCUCAAAUACCUGGCUCUGGAAUCGCUCCUGUUGUUGCGACUGCAUUCGUCAAAUAUCAGCCUGCUGUUGGCUGGAGAGGAUGCUAUUAUCUUCUUAUCGCAGUUAAUGCCGUGGCGCUGGCCUGCUGGGUAUUUUUUUAUUUUCCUCCGAACUUUCACAUGAAGCAUGGGAAUGCAAAAAUCUUUGACUACAUUCGAAAAUUUGACUAUGUUGGAACGAUUCUGUAUACCGGUGGCUUGUUGAUACUGCUGAUGGGAUUGAACUGGGGAGGUCAAUUAUAUGCGUGGAACUCCAGCCACGUAGUGGCUACAAUCGUUGUUGGGGCUGUUUCUCUUAUCGUUUUCGUCCUAUGGGAAACCUUCAUGAAAUUAGAGGAACCCUUGGUGCCCAUGUACGUCUUUGAUAACCGUGGCUGGAUCUGUGCCACUCUUAUCUCAGGAAUCGGCGCGUCAAUGUACUAUGCCUUCGCCAUAGUGUGGCCAAGCGCUGUCAAUAUUCUCUACGCGGAUGCAACCAGUCCGAUUGGCGCUGCUUGGAUGUCCAGCAUUGUUGGUCUUCUCAUAGUUAUCGGUGAGAUUGUUGGCGGUUUUGCUGCGAAAACCAUCAUGCACAUCAAGUGGCAGAUAACUGUAUCCGUCUUCUUGGGCGGAUUGUUCUUCGCAUGUGUGGCGACAUGUGGUCCGGACGAUAAAAAUCGCGCGUGCGCUUUCGUUGCCCUCGGCGUUUUUUUCGUAGGCUGGGCUGAAUCUCUCGCCAUCACCACCUUGACUUUGACUGCAAAGCGACAGGACGAGCUUGGUACAGCAAGCGGCAUUGCCGGAGCCAUUAGGUUUCUGAUCGCAUCCAUUGCCUCCACGAUCUACACGGUUAUUCUGAAUAACGAACUAGCUAAGAAGGUCGCACCGCGAGUUACUUCCGCAGUAGAGGCUGCUGGCUUGCCCUCUUCCAGCGCUGCACAGUUCAUUCAGGCAUUGUCGCUCGGAAGUACGUCGUUGAAUGACAUACCAGGUGUGAAUUCGAACAUCAUUACAACGGGAAGGGACGCUUACAAGAACGCCAAUGCAUCUGCAUACCACACGGUGUUCCUAACCACACUGGCCUUUAGUGGCAUUUGUGUUAUCUGUGCUCUGCUGCUACCGAAUGUUGACCACUUGUUGACUAAUAAGAUUGCAACGACGCUCAGACGAGACGAGAAAUCGGAAGUUAAGGAUGUCGCAUAG